UCACAUCAACCUCGCCGUCCUAAGGCACCUGGCGGCCUUUACGUCCUUCAUUUCUCACUUGGAUCAUCCGUGUAUGGCUUAUGGCCUAAAUUCUAGAUUUCUUUUCCCUCUUCAUCUCACACGCUGUGCGCCAUGACCGCCACUUCCAGCACCACCCGCCUUAUCAACGCCCUCGGUCACUCCAUCCACAGCGACGGUGCUACGACAGGAAAGGGCGCCGUUUCUUAUUUUUUGUCGGCAUGUCGCCAUCCCUCGACCAAUGGCUUCGACGACGACGCCGCCCCGGCUACGAAAAAGAGGAAGUUGUCGACUCGCGCAGCUGAUGCGCUUCCCCCACCAUCGCAGGAUGGACUCGACGGAUACAUCCUGGCUGAGAGAGCGUCGCUCGUCCUCCACGGAACAUCCUCCGUACCCGAAAAUCUUACAAGUCCCUCUGCUCGACCUCGCCGAGAGCAGGUAGCUCUGUCCUCCGCUGCGCCGAAAUUCCUCAACAAAGCCAAAUGGGCUGGCUCCGAUAUCUUGUUCUUGUCGAAUCCUGUUGGAGAUGUAUCUCUCGAACUCCUCCUUGAAACCUCCACGCAUGAGAACUACGCUCAUGCCAUGCGGAUUAUUGACAUUGCGCGAGCCAUCCCUCAUGGCCAAGAAGCGGCCACCAGGAGCAAAAGACCCCGCGAUACCCCAUUCAUGACCACAAGGGUGCACCUCUCUACACCCGACGAUGCCUCGGAGGUUUAUUCGAUAGAUAUUGAAAUAUACUGCAAGGAUGGGCCGAGCGUCCUACAUCUACCGACUGCAAAGUCGAAGACCUACCUACCCUUAUUUGAAAGGCUAUUCCCGAGACUAACCGAAGUGUCACCCCACUGGGCUCCACGCGACUACUACGAAUGUGUUCACGCUCCAGCAACAUCAGAGAAGAUACCGGAGGAAAUCCGAAACUUAAGGCUCAACAUCACCUUGUAUCCUUUUCAGGAACGAGCGGUCAAGUGGUUACUUGCGAGAGAAGGCGUAAUAUACCCAUCUACCAGGAGCCCUGAUGCGGAUAUACAAGACGAGACAACACACAUUCGAGAUAGUCUUGGAGUGGUAUCGAAAUACCCGUCGUAUCAGUCCAAAACGGUUUCGGAGGGAAAUGAAAUAUAUUACAGUCGAGUCCAAGGCAGAGUAGUUCGUAACCCGGGCGCCAUUUCGAAUUCCUCACUCGAUUUCCGUGGAGGCAUCUUAUCCGAAGAGAUGGGUCUUGGGAAAACGGUGGAGCUCAUCGCCUUAAUGAACUUGAAUCAACGACCAGCCGAAUCCGACACGGUGUUCGAUGAAUGUACUGCAUCCAUUGUUACGCCAACCGGCGGAACUUUAAUCAUCACCCCCCCCUCGAUUUUGGAGCAGUGGAAGAGCGAGUUGGCAAACCACUCACCGAAUCUUGCCGUUUUUCAUUACAAAGGUCUACCUCCAAGAAGCAGACCCCCGCGGGAGCAAAACGAAGCGACAGUGGCACAUCUGCGGCAAUUCGAUGUUGUGUUAACUACAUACAACGUCCUGGCCCGAGAAAUCCAUUACGCGAAGGCGGCUCCAGAACGCUCACUUCGACACCGUAAGAAACACGAGCCUCGAAAAAGUCCACUAGUGGAGAUGUCCUGGUGGCGUGUGUGUCUCGAUGAAGCACAGAUGAUCGAGAGCGGUGUUAGUCAGGCAGCGGAAGUUGCUCGUUUGAUCCCACGAUGCAAUGCAUGGGCAGUCACCGGCACGCCCUUUCGGAAAGACGUCCAGGAUCUGCUUGGUCUGUUGCUCUUCCUUCGAUACGAGCCAUUUUGCAGCUCCAAGGAGAUGUGGGCACGCAUCGAUAAGGAGACAUUCCGUCAAAUAUUCAGCACGAUCGCGCUGCGACAUACGAAACAGAAGAUCCGCCAUGAACUUCGUCUUCCUCCCCAGCGACGAGUGGUGAUCACCAUGCCUUUCACGGCCAUCGAGGACCAGCACUACUCUCAGCUCAUGGAGGAGAUGUGUAGAGCCUGUGGCGUAACAGCGGACGGUGCUCCUGCACGGCGCUGGUACGAUCCAAAUUCGUCUUUCGUCAUUGAAGCUAUGAGACUGUGGCUGCGGCGUCUUCGUCAAACAUGUUUGCACCCGGAAGUUGGCGGAAGGAACCGGAGGGCUCUCGGGCGUAGCAGCAACGCGCCGAUGCGGACCGUCACCGAGGUACUGGAAGCCAUGAUCGAGCAGAACCGGGGGAAUAUGCGGGUGGAAGAGCGGGAAAACAUCUCCUCUCAAAUCCUACAGGGUCACGUUGUUGCCUUUGCCAAAGACGACGUUGACCGAAGCUCAAGGGGCAGGGACAUAUACCUUCAGGCAUUGCAACAAGCGAAUGAUUACGUCGAUGAAUGUCGGACGGACUAUGAAGAACAACUGGCGAACGCGGCCAUUCCUGAGGGCCUGGAUGAGCAAGACUCGCAAGAUGAAGAUGCCCGGGAUGCGUCCGAAGCUCAGUUCAAAGCCUCUGCAGCAAAGAACGCGUUGAGAAUGGCUCUGGAAGUGCAGCAUGUCUGUGCGUUCUUCGUCGCAACGUCAUACUUUCAGAUCAAAUCGAACGAAGACGUGACCAAGCCGGAUUCGAAAGAGUUCCAUGAACUGGAAAAGUUAGAGACGGAGUAUUACGAUCGAGCCAAGGGGAUACGCCGCGAGAUGCUCCAUGACACGGAGAAGAAUGCUCAACGUGCCAUGAGUAAGGUCGUUGCUCUGCGAGAGGUCACCGUGCCCGAUAUACCGAUUUUGCAAGACGCCGGUGGGAUUGAGAAUCGCAAAGUCUUGGAAAAGAUGGAUUCCUUGAAGGAUGUCCUCGAUGGCCAAGCGAAGCUCAUGCAAGAAUGGAGAAAAAAGGUGAUCAGCAUUCUGCUCAUGCCUUUGGUGGAUGAGGACGACAGCAAGGAGAUCACGGGUGACGAGUACGAAGACUCCACGAAAGCCCAAGAUGAGCUGUACAGCUAUUUGACCGCGCUUCGAGCCAUGGUCGCGGAUCGCACGACGACACUCACCGGGCUCAAGAACGAACUGGUCGAGCAUGAGAACAAAGAUGCCAUCCGGAGAGCCAAGAAUGAGGAAGGCCAUUCUCCCGAGCUCCUCUUGGAGCUCAUGGAGGCUCGUGGAGAAUUGAAGGUGGCCGCGACCGAAUCGGUCCGUGGUGUGAUCUCGCAGAUCCGAUCGAUCAUCACCUCCAUACAGUGGAGGGGGGACGGGGGAUCCCACCGAGCCGCGGCGGAGAUCAGCAUCAUCGAAGCUCAGCAGAAGCGAGUGCAAGAGAUUCUUUCCGCGCAGCUCAAAGCCAUGACGGACGCAGAAAAGGACUUGGAGCUGUUCCGUCACUCCAUGAACCUACGUCUCGAUUUCUACCGACAGCUCCAGCAAAUCUCCGACACCGUCGCUCCGUACAAGGAGGAGCUAGACGAGACGCUCGACCAGGCGACUUUGGAUAUGGCCGUGGAGAGAAAUAAUCGGUCCGGUGCGCGACUGGGUGUGCUCAAAACAAAACAGCGGUUCUUGCUUCAUCUCCGGACGGAGUCGAGCGAUCAGGCGGGCGCCAAGAUCUGCGUCAUCUGCCAGUGUCCUUUCGAGACGGGCGUCCUCACGGUCUGCGGCCAUCAAUAUUGUAAGGUCUGUAUCCGUGAAUGGUGGAAAAGUCACAGGACUUGCCCUAUCUGUAAACGUAGGCUGCAUUCGGCGGUCGACUUUCAUGACAUCACUUAUCGGCCUCAAGAAAUCCGUGCCCAGGAAGAGGGCAGUGCGGUGUCCUCGCCAAGCAAGACCGCGUCACCCGCGUCGCCCUCGAUUGUGUCCAAUUCCACCUCCAUCUACACGGACAUGAGCGCAAACACGAUGAAUGAAAUCAAGUCCAUCGAAUUGCCGGCGGCGCGGUCGUACGGGACGAAGAUCGACGCGAUAUCGAGGCAUCUCCUCCACAUCCGUGAAACCGAUCCAGGUGCUAAGUCGAUCGUUUUCUCACAAUAUACCGACUUCUUGUCCGUCCUCAAAGGGGCUCUGAAGCUCAACAAGAUCGGCUGUUCGCAUAUCCGCGACCAUGAUGGCAUUCGAAAGUUCCGGACCGACCCCUCCAUCGAAUGUUUCCUCUUAGAUGCCAAAAGCGACAGCUCAGGCCUGAACCUCGUGAACGCGACCUACGUGUUCUUCUGCGAGCCACUCAUCAACGCGGCCAUCGAGCUGCAAGCCAUCGCCCGCGUGCACCGCAUCGGCCAGCAGCGGGCCACCACAGUGUACAUGUACUUGAUCAGCGACACGGUGGAAGAAGCAAUCUACGACAUUUCCGUGGCGCGACGCCUGGAGCACAUGGGCCGCAGCCAAGCCAAGGCGGACGCGGAUGCCUCGCGGUCGCGAUCCGGCACCAGCACGCCGUCGGUGCUCGAGUCGGCGCUCGACGCGGCGAACAGUCUGGAGUUGCAGCAGACGCCGCUGAGCAAGCUGCUACAGGGCGGCAAGGGUGGGGGCGAGGUGGUCGAGCAGGGGGAUUUGUGGAACUGCUUGUUCGGGCAUCCGCGGCGGUCGAGGGAUGGGGUGGUGGUCAGCGAUGAGCUACAAGGCGAAGUGGACAGGCAAUUGCGAGGUGAUGCGUCGGAGCAGCGGAGGGAUGAAAACAUGGAGGAUGUGGAGUCGGGAGACCAUGAUUGAUUAAGCGGUUUAAGCCAUUCUAGGGGCCUAUGGCGCGUUCCCCCGUCCGUCUGUCAUCAGUGGUCUGAAACGGAUCUGCAUUGUAAUGAUUAUGGCUAAUGGCAUCCGGCUUCGAAGAAAUUGAUUUCCUUUCGCCUUCGACGUGCACUUCCAGCCUGCUAAAACGGAAAAACGGAUCGUCUCCUUAAAUUAAGGAAUA